AGCCACUAGCGAAGCGCCUCCAGAGUGUGCGUAUCCGUUUCCUGUGGUGUGAGUGCUGGUGCCGCGCUAAAUGAAUUUUCCUUUCCGAACCCGCAGUUAACGCGAAAAAACCCUCAUGCAUUCCAAAUUGAUUUUGAGAAAUUUGAGAGCCGUCGGCACCGCCGUGCGAUGUUUCCAGUCCAGCUGCGCCAGUUCUUCAGCCCAACUCAAUUUGGAGACACAAAAUGACUCCAGGAACUCGUCUGCUCCAGUGUUUCCAGUGGAUUUCACAUCAAAAUUGCAAGUGACAACGGAGAGAGAUGUGCCGAAAAUUCCAAUUUACCAAGUCCUUGGUUCUGAUGGGCGCUUGAUCGAUUCAGAUCAGCGAAUAGACGUAGAUGAGGAGACAACCGUAAAAAUGUAUGAAGCGAUGAUGCGACAAAACAUAUUGGAUGGAAUACUGUACCAAGCUCAGCGUCAAGGGCGCAUCUCUUUUUACAUGACAAGUUUUGGGGAGGAAGGAGUAGCAGUAGGAAGUGCUUCUGCCCUGGAGAGCACCGACUUGGUUUAUGGCCAAUACCGAGAAGCGGGUGUUUUAAUGUGGCGAGGAUUCACUCUCAGUGAUUUUAUAAAUCAAUGUUACAGCAAUGAUGAGGAUUUGGGUCGAGGCAGACAAAUGCCGAUUCAUUACGGGUCACGAAAACUGAAUUUCAUUACACUUUCUUCUCCUUUGGCUACACAAGUUCCUCAAGCUGUUGGGUCUGCAUAUGCCUUCAAACUAGCUAAAAAUGGUCGCUGUGUCAUCGCCUACUUCGGUGAGGGAGCUGCAAGUGAAGGAGACACUCAUGCUGCUUUCAAUUUUGCGGCGACUUUGCAGUGUCCUGUCAUACUUUUCUGUAGAAACAAUGGCUAUGCAAUCUCCACCCCAAGUCGGGAACAAUAUAGAGGAGAUGCAAUCGCAGGAAGAGCAGUGGGGUAUGGUCUUGCAGCUGUUCGAGUGGAUGGGAAUGAUAUUUUUGCUGUCAGAAACGCUACAAAGUAUGCUCGAGAUUACUGUAUGAGUAACAAUAUUGGAGUGGUCAUUGAGGCUAUGACUUACAGAGUCGGCCAUCACAGUACAUCAGAUGACAGCAGUGCUUACAGGUCUAAGGAGGAAGUUGAAGACUGGGACAAGUCAUACAAUCCCAUCACUCGUUUGAGACUGUUCAUGGAACAUUCAAACUGGUGGAAUGAAGAGAAGGAAAAGCUUUUGGCAAAGCAAAUAAAGGCAGAUGUUUUGAAAGCAGUUGCUGAGGCGGAGAAAAAGCUAAAACCUGAGAUCUCUGAACUAUUCACAGACGUAUAUUACGAAAUGCCCGAUCACCUCAUGGAGCAGUCAGCUUACUUAGCAGAUCAUUUGAAGAAGUACGGUGAACACUACCCCCUUGAUAACUACAAGAAGUAAUGAUAUUAUGACAGAAAUUACUGGAGUGGGUGGAAAUUGCUUGGAAACACCGAGGAUGUUGCAGAGCUUUAUCCAAAGAGGAUGUUGAUGAUUCAUAAACUUCAGUUACUCAAAGGAUGAAUAUAUGAGAUUAAUACCGAGAUUGUAAAUUUUUUGAGAUAUUUGAUUGCAUUUCUGACUCAAACAGAUAUCGCAGUAGGCCUGUGAAUCUAAACUUUCCUUCAUAAUAAUUUUGAAGGGAAUCAGUAUCAUUCCUAUGAAAAUCACUGAAGCAUACUUUGUGCACGCUUCUUAAGUAACUUCAAGACGGCCUCGUUGGAAUUAAUCACGAUAGCUUGACAUUUUGAGGCUUUUUAUCAGUAAAAUUUACUUGUUUUUACUUCAUUUUGCACUUUUAACUCAAUACAAGAAAGACUCUUUUAAAGCUGCUGUCCUUCAAAUUUUCAAACUAUUCUCUUUUGCUGUUGUUUUUCAGAAAUUUUUUUGCUGUUGAGAAAUCGAGUCUUUCAGCUUUUCUUAGAAAUAAAUUUAUUUUCUUGA